AUGCGGUACGGUUGCUGCGUUUCCGACUUAGCCCCUACGCUGGGCGGGGAGCGGGCGGGGAGUGGUCGGAACUCCCGGAGGGAGUCGGUGGAGCGGGUUGUAGAGGGUCUGGUCUCAUGGGUGUAUACUCCGCGCGUCCGCGGCAAGGCCGUCGCGCUGGCCACCUCAGCCAACUGGGCGUUCAGCAUGGAGCUGGCUCUGUUCGUGCCCUUGGCCUUCACCAACAUCCGCUGGCAGACUUACACCAUCUUCGGUUGUUUCCUAGUAGCCAUGCUGAUCCACGUCUUUUUCAUGUUCCCUGAGACUGCGGGUAAGACUCUGGAGAAGACCGAGCAGAUCUUCGAGGAUCCCACUGGUAUUCCGUACAUCGGUACCCCGGCUUGGAAGACCUUCCACGACACCAAGCGCACCAUUGCUGCUGAGCACAGUGACGUCGAGGUCCUGGGUGAGAAGCUGAGAGCGAGUGUGAAGCGUGCGCUCUCCACUACGUACUCGGAGAAUGUCACCUCCGGCAGUGCAUGGAUGGGAGAUAUGAGUGUAUGA